AUUACAGGGAGAGUGAGGUUAUUGUUAUCACAGUCCGCAGCUCACAAGUACUGCUACAACUGACCAAUUGCUCUAAUUUAAUCAUUUUUACUGCUUCUGAAGAGACCAAAAUAACUUUGCAUUAACCAAUUAAUGCCCAGAACACAACUUGACAAAAAAAGAGGAUAAUAUUAGUAAUAAUAAUAAUAAACCCACAAAAUGCCACUCUCACUACUCUAUCGCUCACUCUCUCACCGUAGCCACCACCACAACAAUCUCAUCUCUCUCACCAACUCCAUUAUACUCUUCCUCCACCGCUCAAUGGCCACCGCUACCACCACAGGCGAAUUCUCCAUCACCCCAUCAACCACCCGUAUCGGCUGGAUUGGCACCGGCGUAAUGGGCCGUUCAAUGUGUUCUCAUCUAAUCAAAGCCGGCUAUUCUCUCACCGUCUUCAACCGCACUCUCUCUAAAGCUCAACCUCUACUCGACAUGGGCGCCAAUCUUGCUGACUCACCCCUAUCCGUCGCCAAACAAUCCGACGUCGUCUUUUCCAUAGUCGGAUUUCCCUCAGAUGUUCGCCACGUACUCCUUAAUCCAAUCACCGGAGCCCUCCAAGGUCUCCGUCCAGGCGGCGUUCUCAUAGACAUGACCACAUCCGAUCCCUCCCUCGCCGUGGAAAUCUUCGCCGCUGCUUCCGCCAAAAGUUGCCACUCCAUCGACGCUCCAGUCUCCGGCGGCGACCGCGGCGCCAAAAACGGAACGCUGGCGAUAUUCGCUGGAGGCGACAAGUCGGUGGUUGAUCGUGUAAAUCCCAUUUUUGCCCUUAUGGGAAAAGUAAAUUACAUGGGUACCCCUGGAAAAGGACAAUUCGCAAAGCUAGCAAAUCAAAUCACCAUAGCGAGUACAAUGGUUGGUUUAGUAGAAGGAAUUGUGUAUGCUUAUAAAGCUGGAUUAAAUGUAGAACUGUACUUAAAUGCAAUUUCUACUGGCGCAGCUGGGUCUAAGUCGAUUGAUUUAUAUGGGGCUCGGAUUUUAAAUAGAGAUUUUGAAGCUGGGUUUUAUGUGAAUCAUUUUGUUAAGGAUUUAGGGAUUUGUUUGAAAGAAUGUGAAAAAAUGGGGGUUGCUCUGCCUGGAUUGGCCUUGGCUCAACAGCUUUAUUUGUCUCUCAAGGCUCAUGGUGAAGGCAAUUUGGGUACUCAAGCUCUCAUUUUGGCUCUUGAGAGGCUUAAUAAUUUCUCCCUCCCAAGCUUGUCGUCUUCUCCGAAUCCCGCGGCUUAGUCUGGUAUAAUUUAUUUGCUUAUAUGUAUGGAUUAUGCUUUCUGAUAAUGAAGAUAUAAGAGUUGUUGUGAUA